UCUUCGACACCUCAAUUCGCUGUUCUCGCUCGCUUUCGUCAAAAUAGCCCUUCGUUCCAAAUGCACCCGACCGCCAAUUGACCACCACAUCUCUCGAAUCCACAUACAACACCUACAAUGACAUCAAUAUCCCGCUCCCUCCACCUCCCCUGGUCAACCCUAUGGGCAACUCCCCCGCCCACCUCCUGCUCCACCCUCAUCCUCGCCUCCUCCACCAUAAACUACGGCGCAACCUGCGCGUUCCCAGAAGAAGACGCACCCUCCUCAAUAAACAACUUGGACACCGCCUGCCUCCCCUGGCUCGCCAGCACGACGCCCGCCCCAAACGCCUUCUACUCCCCCGCCACCGCAUGUCCACCUUCCUGGCGCGCAGUUGCCACGCAGACCUCGGGUUUGACGCAGGGGGUUGCAGGCGAGACGGCGCUGUCGUGCUGCCCUAAUGGCUUCGAAGACGGCGGUGGAGGCGUCUGCAAGCCAGCGAGUACAGGAAGCUUCGCGGUUGUGGAAUGCGGGGAGGCGGAUGCGGAAGAGAAUGAGUCGCGGACGUAUACAGGGGGCAGUUGGCCUACAAGCGCCACGGUGGAUGUGCCGGCGUUGCGGGUGAGGUUUCGGGCGCAGGAUAAGGGGGAGACGGGGACGGCGACUGGAUCGGGAUCUGGGACAUCGUCGAGUACGAACAGCAACGGAGGGGAGACUGGUGGACGAGGCCUACCGACUGGCGUAAAAGCCGCGAUUGGGGCGGUGGUCCCACUGGCAUUCAUUCUCCUCGCUCUGGCUAUCUUCUUACUCUGGCGACGUAGAAGACACAACAAAGCCGUCGAACAGCACGAGAAAGCCUUUGCGGAACCGAAAGGCUACUCAGAUACUAAACCUGGUGUCACCGGAUCGCCGGUUGGAACUUCACAGCAGCACAAUGUCAUCGGAUCAACGUCCGCAACAUCACGCCAUCCUAAUGCAAUCGAGACACCAGAAUGGAACACGGAGCUCGAAGCUACCGAGGCACAGCGCCAGAGGGCUGCUGUGCCAACGACCAGUGCUGCGCACGCUUCGGUCAGUGAAUUGGGAGGGCUGGCGAGGAAGCCGAGGAAGCCGGUGCCAGCGGUGGAGUUGGAGGGGUCGCCUGUGCCUGCGGAAAUGGAUGUGAGUAGAUACAUGGCGUACCAGCCGCCAAGGGAUGGGGCGGGGCGGUCAUGAUGGUCUGUAGUCAUAUCAGCGUUCAAUCUACUCAUGAUCCAAACACGGCGCAAGCAUGAAAUGAGACUUUAUUGUACGUGAAGUUCUGUAGUAGUAUCAUCAAGGUGCGGGUAACAACAGCAGGGGUAUAUUACUUAUAUCUAACAGCGG